AUGGCGUUGGUUGAAGCUUUCUUGGAGAUUCUGGAAAGGCCCACAAUCUGGUCAAUGGUGCUAGGGUUGAUACAGAUUUUAGGGCCUGUUUGGAUAGCGUUUUUUCUGGGUGUUGUUGUUGGUUGGGCCUGGAAACCUAGGUGGAGUAGUUUAGGAAAUUGUAAAUUUGAAUCUUCAGCACCACCUUCGCCUUCAGCUUCGAUUUCAGCGAAUGCCCAUAAAAGCUUGGAUUUAAGCAGAGAUGGGUCUGCGAGUUUUGAUUCUUCUGUGUUGGAUAAUGGAUUGGGGAGUGAAGAUGGGAUGGCUUUGCCGGUUGUAGAGAAUGGUUCCGAUUUCAGGCCGUCUGAGUUAGGAAAAGAAGUUUUUGGGGCCUCUAGGCUCGUCACAUAUGAGGAUUUGGAACAAUUAUGCCGUCUGGUUGAGAGAAAAGAUGGAGGGCCCUCUUGGAAGCAUGUGAUGGAUCGCUCAACUCACAGUAUGAGCUAUCAAGCAUGGCAAAGGGAUUCUGAGGAUGGGCUCCCUCAGUAUUGUAGCAGAACAGUUUACGAGGAUGCAACUCCCGAAUUAUUAAGAGACUUCUUUUGGGAUGAUGAAUUCCGACUGGAGUGGGACGACAUGCUCAUAAAUGCUUCGAUUUUGGAAGAAUGCCCUAACACAGGAACUAUGGUAGUUCAUUGGACACGUAAGUUCCCAUUUUUCUGCAGUGACAGAGAAUACAUAAUAGGACGUAGAAUAUGGGAUUCGGGAAGAUCAUAUUACUUUGAGUCGCGUAAAUCCAACAGUGCAUGCGAGGUCAUUCUGUUCCACCAUGAGGACAUGGGUAUCCCGCGCGAGAUUGCCAAGUUUGGGGUUCGGCAGGGCAUGUGGGGUGCCGUGAAGAACAUCGAGCGUGGCUUCAGGGCCUACCAAAAGCACCGAGCCUCUGUCCCGCCUUUAUCCCACCAUGCAUUCCUGGCAGGAACCAACACGAAGCUCGACCCCAAGGCCUUGGAAGACGAGAGGAAAGUAGUAGUAGAAUAUGGGGACGAUGAUGAGAAGCGAACUCCGAAAGGAGUGAAUUUACCCAAGCUGUUGAUAAUUGGAGGGGCAGUUGCGGUUGCCUGUUGUAGCCUCGACCGAGGGCUCUUGACUAAGACGCUCGUAUUUGGUGUGGCACGCAGGUUUGGAAAUAUCGGGAGGAGGGUUGUGGGGCCCACUUGA